AUGUAUCAACAGCAGGAGCAGAAAGCUAGGUCGAGAAAUACGCUGAUCCGCGUGUACUCCGAAAACGAACGCUCGAAUUUCAACGAUUCCACCGGGGCCCGGUUGUAUGACGAUGGAAGAUACAGACCGGUGCAUCAUGACGGACAAAAUGGGUCGCCAGUCAAAACUAGUCCGAUUGAUAUACAUCUGAAGUCCAAGCGACGACACUCGUCGUCGCUCGAAGAGGAGCGCGAACUUUACCGACAAAACAUGCAAAUGUCGCAACAAAGCUACGGAGACAUGCAGGAUGAGUACAUCCCAGAUCUGGACUUUUCAAACGCAGUGUCCCAGUGGCAGAGCGACGAAAAUCUUCUCGAGGCCAGAGCCACGGCGAGCCAGCGCCAGGAACAAGCAGAAUCGCCUUGCUAUAACAACUGGGCAGACUACGAGGCAGACCUCAGUCGCUCGUCGUCUGUGUCGUCGUCUUCCAUCGUCUUGAAGUCGACCCACGCCAAAGUCGCGCCCAUUCCUCUACCUCAGCCCUCCAUUCCUAUGGCCUCCCCUACUUGUGUGCGUCCUCAAGACUCAAGCUCCAUCUUCGGUGAGAGAACUCCGCGCGCACUCCCCAUGGCUUUUGCCAGAAACAAAGCUUCACCUAAUAAUUCUGCACAACCCAACAGAAUGUACAAGAGACAAAGAUCAGGCAUGGAUUUGGACACUUUACCUUCACCCUUGGCUGGCUACGCGUCAUCUAACGACGGCCGGUUUUCAGCAGAGGAGCUCAAGGGUAUCGUAAGUGGUCUACCAGAAGAUUUUGUUUCUCUGCCUUACAGUCAGAGGAAAAAGAUUCUGUUAGAACAGUUCCCCAACGUGGACUAUAAGUCCGUGAUGACUAGCAUCAAAAGAGCUCAACUCACGUCUGCAAGGAGUAGUGCUCAACUUCCAGCCAACAGGUCGAGACGUGGCUCGUUGGCCUCGCAAUAUCUGAGCUCCUUCACCCCCUCUUCCUCUUCCUGCAAACCUAACGACAAAGGCUCUGUUAUAAUGGGGUAUACACUGGGCAAAAUAAUAGGAUUUGGAGCUUGGGGCAUGAUUAGAGAAUGCUACAAAACUGCUGAAUCGACGGAAAAUGAUGAAGAUACGGCGGCCUCGGUGAAGGCUGUGAAGAUCGUCAGGUUUAGAAAUAAUGCGCUCGUAAAGAAACAAGUUCUGAAAGAAGUCAGAAUGUGGUCCAAACUAAAACAUAAAAACGUCCUGCCCCUUAUAAAAUGGCAGAUAGAUGACAGUUAUGCUCUGUAUUGCCUUACGGACAAAAUUGACGGUGGGACUUUAUAUGAUCUGGUGGCCUCAUGGGGCAGCUCGAAAAGUUCCUCGAUAGAUCUCGCUCUGAGAUCUAGAUUUACAGCAGAGUUGGGAUUACAGAUUGUUGAGGCGCUAAAAUACAUGCACUCUCAGCAGGUUGUUCACGGUGAUGUCAAACUUGAGAACUGUCUGUUGACUUCCCGACAAAGCAAGGAUAAGUGGACAGUAAUUUUGUGCGACUUUGGAAUGAGUUCAGAAUUCGGUCGGGACAGAAGUGAACAUAGAGAUCAAUCCGACAACAGAUUACCUGAUAAGAUCGAUCACGUAGAGUCGGUGUUGAUGGCAGGGAAGCCCAAACCAGUUGCAAGAUCGCUUUCCAACACUGUUCUCAAGGAAGCAAUGAGAAGAAAACAUAGGACAAUUGAUUAUGGAAAUGUUGCGAUGGGAGUCAGCUCGUUUCCUAAGCAAUACGGGCCGGCUUUGAGUAGUACGAACUUGACCAGAACUUUUGCAUCUCAUAACGAUUUAGCAAGAGCCUCAACUAUGGAGGGCGUUUCAACGCCCGUGACAACGGACUCUACUUCAAGCUGUGGGGUCGAAGGAAAAGACUCAAAUGCUCCCAACUACAUCGGAUCUCUACCUUACGCUGCCCCAGAACUUCUGGAGCCCGCCCCACCGCCACUUUCUCCCUCGGCAGAUGUUUGGGCCUUGGGAGUCACGCUUUACACAAUGCUAAUGGGCAAACUGUUGUUCAAACACGAUUACGAGCCGGGGUUGCGCGCGAUGAUUGCUGCUGCUAAAUACGACAGUAGACCUUUGGAGAAAGUUUGCAGCGCCAACAACGAAAAUGGGUCCUCACAAUCUCUGUGCGACGCAGUCAAAGGAUGUCUAGUGAAAAAAGUCUCUGACAGAUGGGACUUGGACUCUAUUGAAGUCUCUUUAACAGACUAUCUAAAGUCGUUGUCGGCUGAACAGUCCAAAACCUAA